AUGAUCCAUUACAUCCAAUAUUCAAAGAGCAACUUACCUAAACUAGGCCUCAAAAUGAUGGCCAAAGUAUUUCUUGUCUGAUAAAGUCAAGGAUAAGUAAUUAAGAGGAAAUAACAUGUUUAGAUUGCAGCAAAUGCAGAGUAAUUAAAUUUUCAAUACUAAUUAGUGACAAAAGUGUUCUAUCAUUGAGAUUAAAAAAUUCAUUUAAGAAGAACCAAUGCUUGAAUAAUCUCUGAUUCGACUAAUUGAUUUGGGAAAUAUAAAUGAAAAAAGUUAUAAAUAUCAUAAUCACCCCCGACACCCAAACCCAAGAAAAAAAAAGACUAUGUUAUUAUGAUAUUUGAUAGAUUGAGCAGCCAUUAUAUUCGAUAUUUGGAUUAAUUUGUCAUCAUCGAAUAUUUUAAUAAACGAGAUAAAGUAUAAUUUAAAUUUAUAUAUUAAAUAUUGGUCUAAAAUCAAUCGAGUGAAGUACGUAUUUAUUUUUCAUCCAACAUAAUCAAAUUCAUUGACCUAUAGUUGAUUGCUAUGAGUAGAAUGCUCCAAGGGAGAGAAUAAAAUGAUUACAAGUAUUUUAAGCUGCCAAGUUAUUUAAUUAAUCUAACAAAUAACGAAUUUUCAUCAUACAUUAAAAAUCAUUAAUAUAUCAUACCUAAUAUUUACCCAAUCUCAUUAAAGCUGUGGAUCAGGCUUAUGAACUAAGUUUGA